CUGAUUAAUUUAAAUUUUAAAGAGCCGCAUGUAGUAAGUGGCUACCAUAUUGGACAGCGUUACUCUAGACGAUGGCCAGAGAUGACCAAUUCCUGCAUUUAGCACUUGGAUAUAGUCUUAGUUGGGCAGGCUUGUUUGUGAGGGGAGAUUUACGACACAGUGGACAUUAGAAAAUCUAAUAGGAUAGCAUAGAAUUGUGAAAUUAUAUUUAAAAGUUGGAAUUCAAAGAAGACUUGGGCCAGUUGGAGCUGGAGUAGGCGGGGAAGUUUCUUAGAAGAAGAUGCCAUGCCCGUAGCUUUCAGAUCUUCUGGAAUAAUGUCGAGGCAUCCGUAAAUGUCCUAUUUACUCAUGCUUCUAGGGAAGCAGUAUGGUGUUGAAGACUCCAGGCUUUGGAGCCUGACAGAUCUCUGUGAAGAUGGGGGUCACCUAUGAAAGAUAUUUACCUUUCUGAGCCUCAGUUUCUUCAUCUGCACACUGUGUAUAGUAGUACUUCAAAGAGCUAUUGUUACGUUAAAAAACUAAUACAAAGCUCCUAGUGUCUGGCACAUAGUAGGUUCUCAAUGUAGACGUUAUUAUUGGAAGAACUGUUGGCAUAUAUACACAAAGGUCCCUGUCUCUAAAAUUGCAUCAUGAGACUGAGUUCACGCUCCUUUUUCAUGCUCCUCAUCUUCCGAUGAGGGAGACCUGUCUGUUCACGCCUAUUAAGCUCGAAGUCCUGGGAUUGUUGCAGAGAUGGAGAGAGGACAAGGUGGUGAAGAGGCUAAGUAAUGCAGAGAGAGACCCUUGGAAGACUGAGAAUUGUAGUGUGAUAAAUAAAUCCAUCUCUUCAUCCAUGGUAACGACACAAGUUUAUUGGUGUGUAUAGUGAUGGUCAGAAUUCUGGCUUUCGUUCUCCUCCCCUUCCGGAAGAGUACUAACUGGAGUUUACAGCUGACACUCUCUGGGUUCUGGGCAUUUGUUUGCAUGGCACCUUGGACGCUUCCUAGAGACAAAUACAUUAUUAUUUCCUUAUCUGCAUUCUCUGUUUACUUGAACACUUGAGGUUGAUUUAGUAUCUUACAAGAACUGAACACUGUCUUCCAGACAUCAUUAGUCUCGCCUUUCUUAUCCAGUGUAAGUGUGAAAUUAAUCAAAAAGGAAAGGGAAAUUAAUAAUAUGUUGGUAUUCAUGAUUCAUCAGGAGACCUCACAGCGGGUAUGAGAUUAACUUCUCCAAAUGAAUACACACCUCAGCAAAUUAAAGGUAUAGAAAAGGGUUAUUUAUUAUUUAGGAAAUGCCCCUUAAUGCUUCCUGCUUUCAUACUUAGUUAGAUGCUGGGUGGUGUCUGGUGAUGAAACCAUUCAGUAUUGUGAGGUCACCUUUGGACCCAUAGAAAGCAUUAAAUCAACUUUUUUCAUAUUUCACUGAGAUAAAUGAGAUAAGGCCAGAUGGUUAAUGCAUACUUGUUUCCUGUCAAUUGGAAAAGCUUUGCCCAAACACUUGCAGUUUUGAUCUCUAUUUACAAUAAACUAAAUUUGAUCUUGGGUUCUGUGUUUCCUUGUUAUGACAUGUGGUGUGAUCAGUUUCAAAGGAUACGUUGUUAUGAACACAUUAUGGAAAAGAAUGGAGGGUUAUAAUUAUAACUCUCUUAGAGCUUUUGCCGAGGUUGAUAAAGGACAAGCUUUUGUUACUGAAUUGUUCCUGUAAUUACAUCAGAAAUAACAGGCAGCAGUCACCUUCCACUAGGGGUGGGAGAGAAGGAUUCUCACUAUUUAAGUGAUCGCAUAAGGUGCUGAGUGAAUCAUCGUCAGCCUCAUCAUGAGGACUCAAAAAUAGAACAGUUGACAUCAUCCUGUAGCAGGUUUUUAAGGAACAGAAAAAUGUUAGAUGGUUUUUUAAGGAAAAGAGCUGUCUGAAGUGAUGUUCCAGCCCACAUGUUAAUAGUCUGUUGGCAGUGGUUCUCAAACUUGAGUGUGCAUUCGAAUCUCCUGGAGAGCUUGUUCAGACUGCUGGGCCCACCCGAGAGUUUCUGAUUCAGUAGGUGUGUGGUGAGGUCUGAGAUUCUGCCUUCCCAACUUCCCAGAGGAUGUUGAUUUUGCUGGUUCAGGGCCUGCACGUUGAGAACCAUUAGACUAAGGGGCAGAAAGAGGUGUAUCUUGGGGAGGGUUCCAGAAACAGAAUUUUAAGAUUAAUUUCCUAGUGUCUGUUAAAAUAAUUUUGAUGAAAAUACCAAGUUUAGUUUGAGAUGGUGUGCAAGUUUUGUAAAGGGGAUCUGUUCUUUGUGACCUUAUAAAAGAACAUUAAAAACAGUUGCAAACCUAGUUAAGUGGUCUCCUGGCCUGCUGUUGUCAUGUCUUGGUAAAAUCUUGGAUAAAGUUUGUUGGCUAUGAGUAUUAUCUCUGUAAUUCAAGUUAGUGAUGAAUUCAGAAGUCAUAGGGUUGGGAUGUUUUUUCUCAUUUGUAAAUCAAACACAGUUUACCUGGGGACCAUCUGUAGGAGAAGAGUAACUUUGAGAGUAUCCUAGGCACUAAAUUAUUGCCAUUGUCACACCUGCCUGGCAAAAUAGCUGUCAGCAAAAUGAAAAUGUCACUUAAUUGGACACCACUGGCGGCUGUGGUUCCAGGUUUUUGACUGGUUCCAGAACUGCCCUUUUAUUAUUCUAUUAGUUUUUCCUUCUGUUAUAGCAAUAGUGACCACAGUAAUAAUAAUCACCAGUGUUUGUACAGGGCUCGCUGCCUCUCUGAUGUGAUGGCUGUGUUGCGUUCGUUCAUGAAUCCCCACCAUCACCUCUGACCGAGGUGCUAUGAUUACCUCUUGUCUCAGAUGCCAGAGAAUGGAGGCCGGGACAGCUAGUUGGUUGCCCUCACAUAGUUUGUAAGAGCUGGACCUCUGUCUCUGAGUCCAGGCAGUGUGAGCAAUGUGGGGCACAUUUAAGUUUGAUUAUAUUUUGGGACGCUUUCAAUGGAGGCUUGAUGAGAGGCCUCACUGAAACGUGAAGAUGCUAGAAAGUUUGUUGAAUUGUGAUGAAACCAAACGUAUUUACGUUUAAGAUUUUGUAAGUUCUGGGUGUCAAGGACCACUCUAGAUCUUUGUAACUCAGCAAAAUUUCACUGUGUGGUAAAUUUAGCUGAUCUGCCCAGCAUAAGAUGAAAGCCAUCCUAAGCCAGUAUUGUAAUUAUGGGGCCUCUUUCUAUGUGACUGUGAUGUUCCAUAAGAAAGAUUGACUGACUUAAAGCUUAUAAAGAUGGUCAUGAUUUGUUUCUAGCGUGUACUACUAGGUGGUUUUAUCAUUUGAAAUCUGUUCUCUAGGUAUGAGGAUAUUUUAGGCAGAACCAUAGGCUCUUCAACUGUUUUCUCAUGUGAACUAAUUUAGAGGACACCUUUGAUGUUCUCAGUGAGCCAUCUUUACUUAUUAGGCUGAAGAGAAGAAGCUGAGAGGGAAAGCCUGCUUUGAGUUAUGUCCCUGGUUAAUUUUGGCAGCAAGAUUCUGAGAUUCUCUAUUUGGAGAAGCAUUGUCCUUAGGGAAAAAGAGGAUGAAAAGCUUGAGUAUAAAAUUGAAAAGAGAUCAACCUGACAGAUUCCAGUGCUGAAGAGCAUUGAGGGGGUGGGGGAGGCGUGAGACCUACAAGUCUGGAAUCGGCCACCUUUGUUCUGUGUCAUCAGAUCCAGAGUGGAUAUGCAGAGGUGUCCUUCAACAUGCUUGGUUUGUCGUGGCUCAUUUUUAGAGAUGCUUUGAAUUGGGGGGAGUGGGAAGGCAAGAAACUCAAAUACAGAUUUCUAAUAGAAUACCACCCUGGAGGGCAGACCUUACCAAGUAGGUUGUUUGUUUGUGGGCCAUUUACAGUAUCUUUUACCCAAAAUAUAAAAUGAAAGGGGUACAUGUUGGUUGAAAAUGGGAUUCCAGUUUUUCCUACCUACUCUUUCAUUGUCUGUCCUCUGUGGUUGCUGCCUUAAUCUUCUUUCCAGAUUGCAUUGCAUUCCCAUGAUCUCUAUUUACAAAUGCUUUCACAGUUUAGGUAUAAUUAACAAAGGGAGGAAAGUCAAAGCAUAAGCCCAAGAAGAGACUGAGGGAGCCUAUUAAUCCUCAGAAAAGAUACUUCUGGGUGAAAUCUUGAUGGAAUCUUUGGAGUGGUGCUGUUUUGAACAUUAGGAAGGAGAAAGGACUUCCUUCGUUUUCUUUAUCCAUGGACACAGCUAGAAGUGGCUAUAAAUUUUCAUUAAUGUUGUGUACUUGGCUCUGUAGGAAACAUUUAAGAUAAGUUGAGCAUUAAAGCUUUGUUGAGGGUAGACGUGAAUGACCUUAGGUUUCUUAGUGACCAUGAAUUUUGCUCCCAUAUAGAGCCAGGGGUAAUGCAGUAGUUUUCAUAUGACUCAGGGAGCAGCUUAUCUGAUUCUUAAGGUAAAAUCAAGAUUGAGUUCUUAAUUAGUGUGAUUAUUGUUAAAGAAAAAAGUCCAAAUUUGAAAGCAUUGGGAGAGGUAAAGGGUGAAAAGUUUUUUUUCUUUUGGCACAUCAUGAACAUUUUCUUGAAUCUUAUAGUCUUGCUACUGGUAUGAUUCAUAAAUUACCUAUUACCCGUGCACUUGAUCCCAAUACUCACAAGGAAAAUUGCCAUAUAAUGUACCAAAUGAGAUGUGUGUGAAAACAUACCGAAAAGAGUAAAAGCAUUGAAAGUAAGUUGAUAUUAUUUAGGUCUGAGGCAUGUGGGUACUCAUUUUAUUAGCCUAUUCCAUACACAUGAAUGAGGUUUUGAUGUUGACCAAGAUGCUUAGGAUUGUUUUCUCACAAUAUAUCUUAAUUACUGGACUUACUGGAGUUAGCAGCUUUUUCUGUAUCACGAUAAUCCAGUUUCAAAAACCAUUCCUUCACCUCAGAGCUAUCUCAAACAGAGGCUGGUAUAAAAGGAGGGCCACGUGGUCGCUGGCAUUGAUUCAGUUGCCUCCAACCUUCCAUCCUUUGGUAAACGUUUACUGCCGCCAGACUGUCUCCUGGAGAUGGUGGAUUUGGAAUGAGUGCUCUCCCAGGCUGCCCCAGUGCACAGAUCCCUGGUAUUGCUCAGAGAUUGUUGACACAGACAAAAAUGUUCAUGCUAUGAAGGGUAGUUAUAGGCUGCAGACCAUAAAAAGAGGGAAUUGGCUUGUUUGGAUUAAAAAUAACAAAACCCUCUCAGACAUUUUCCAGCAGAAAAUGGUACACGUUCUUCCAUGAGGUCCUUAAGUAUAAGGUAGACCAGUUGGUUAGUCUUAGAAGAUGCAGACUCUUGGGCUGUCAGCUGGAAGAUGGGUCUGUGCAGCAUGGUCUUUAUUUUCUUCCUCCCUCUUUCUCUCCCUCCCUCCCUGUUGAACUCUUUCAGUUUUAUAAUUCUCUGCUGAUAAAUUCUGUGAAUAUCAGAAACACACUGUAUGUAUCUGUUAGAGGACAUAUUUUCCUCCCUUUUCUUAUAAAGAAGCUUUAUAGAGGAACAAUGUUAGCUAUAUCAGUAGCACAUAGUAGAUAUAUUUCUAGAAUAGCUUUUUACUCCUUUUUUUGGUUUUAUUCUUCAAGGUUAAGCGGCUACAAGAAAUCUGUUAUAUUUGAAUGAACAGGCUUGUAAUUCAGUUGGCUUUAUCUCAUAUAGCAAACUCCUUAGUUUUUUGUAAUAGAGCUAUCUAUUUUAAAGUUGUGUGUAUGCAUAUACUUGGGACUGUGUGUAUAUAUUAAUGUAAUCUAGUCCGGAAAGCAUUAGGUUUGGUAAAAGCUUUGGUUUAAUGCCUCCUGAGACUUGGAACAAAGAGCCGUUUUGUACAGAUGCUCCAUCUUUGCCAAAUGUAGCCUUACUCCUGCUGAACUAACAACGGACAGAUUUGGAUCCUAACAAGUGAGAUAAUAGAAUUUUUUAGAUACAUGCCUCUGGGUGUUGAAGUGAUCAGGCCUCCCACCUAGCUACUUUUAAAUAUCCAUCUCAAAAGGCAGUUGGGUUCCAAAAUGGGAGAAGCAGAGUUCAUAGAAGCUCUGUGUCAGCCUGUUUGCAAUGGAUCAAGUCCUUAAAGAGGAGAAACUUAAAAAUGUCUUUGUCCUUGUGAUUUCAGGAGUGAUUACUGUUCUAAAGUGGACAUUGGAGGAGGAUCCAUUAGGCGGUCAGAAUGGAAGUGAGCAAAGGAAGUCGACUCACGCAGGAGCCGGAGUGAAACCCACGAACCCACAAACCCAGCCUACACCAUGAACUCGUGUCUCCCUUCUCUGCCUUAAGAGCCAAGGGCGGGUGAAGUUGCUGGAGAGCAAUGGCUCUCUUCCCUCUGUGGAAGUUGUCUUCUCAGAAGCUGGGCUUUUUCCUCGUGACUUUUGGCUUUAUUUGGGGUAUGAUGCUCCUGCAUUUUACCAUCCAGCAGCGAACUCAGCCUGAAAGCAGCUCCAUGCUGCGCGAGCAGAUCCUGGACCUCAGCAAGAGGUACAUCAAGGCGCUAGCUGAAGAAAACAGGAAUGUGGUGGAUGGACCGUACGCUGGUGUCAUGACAGCUUACGAUCUGAAGAAAACGCUUGCUGUGUUGUUGGAUAAUAUUUUACAGCGCAUUGGCAAGUUGGAGUCGAAGGUGGACAAUCUUGUAAUCAAUGGCACAGGAACAAACUCGACCAACUCCACCACAGCUGUUCCCAGCUUGGUAGCACUUGAGAAAAUUAACGUGGCAGAUAUCAUUAAUGGAGCUCAAGAAAAAUGUGUAUUGCCUCCUAUGGAUGGCUACCCCCACUGCGAGGGGAAAAUCAAGUGGAUGAAAGAUAUGUGGCGCUCGGAUCCCUGCUACGCAGAAUACGGAGUGGAUGGGUCCACCUGCUCUUUUUUUAUUUACCUCAGUGAGGUUGAAAAUUGGUGUCCUCAUUUACCUUGGAGAGCAAAAAAUCCCGUCGAAGAAGCUGAUGACUAUUCAGUGGCGAAAAUUCGUAAGGAUUUUAAUCUUCUCUACAGUAUGAUGAAAAAGCAUGAAGAAUUCCGGUGGAUGAGACUGCGGAUCCGGCGAAUGGCUGAUGCCUGGAUCCAAGCAAUCAAGUCCCUGGCAGGGAAGCAGAAUCUUGCGACGAGAAAGCGGAAAAAAGUCCUUGUGCACCUGGGACUCCUGACGAAGGAAUCUGGAUUUAAGAUUGCAGAGACAGCUUUCAGCGGUGGCCCUCUUGGUGAAUUAGUUCAGUGGAGUGAUUUAAUUACAUCUCUGUACUUACUGGGCCAUGACAUUAGGAUUUCAGCUUCACUGGCUGAGCUCAAGGAAAUAAUGAAGAAGGUUGUGGGAAACCGAUCUGGCUGCCCAACUGUAGGAGACAGAAUUGUUGAGCUCAUUUAUAUUGAUAUUGUGGGACUCGCUCAAUUCAAGAAAACUCUGGGACCAUCCUGGGUUCAUUACCAGUGCAUGCUCCGAGUUCUGGACUCAUUCGGAACCGAGCCAGAGUUUAACCAUGCUAACUACGCCCAGUCUAAAGGCCACAAGACCCCAUGGGGAAAGUGGAAUCUGAACCCACAGCAGUUUUAUACCAUGUUCCCUCAUACCCCAGACAACAGCUUUCUGGGGUUUGUGGUGGAGCAGCACCUGAACUCCAGCGACAUCCACCACAUUAACGAAAUCAAAAGGCAGAACCAGUCCCUUGUGUAUGGCAAAGUGGAUAGCUUCUGGAAGAAUAAGAAGAUGUACUUGGACAUUAUUCACACGUACAUGGAGGUGCACGCGACUGUUUACGGCUCCAGCACCAAGAAUAUUCCCAGUUACGUGAAAAACCAUGGUAUCCUCAGCGGACGGGACCUGCAGUUUCUUCUCCGAGAAACCAAGUUGUUUGCUGGACUUGGGUUCCCUUACGAGGGCCCGGCUCCCCUGGAGGCCAUCGCCAAUGGAUGUGCUUUUCUGAAUCCCAAGUUCAACCCACCCAAAAGCAGCAAAAACACGGACUUCUUCAUUGGCAAGCCAACUCUAAGAGAGCUGACAUCCCAGCAUCCGUACGCUGAAGUUUUCAUCGGCCGGCCACACGUUUGGACUGUCGACCUCAGCAAUCAGGAGGAAGUAGAGGAUGCGGUGAAAGCAAUUUUAAGUCAGAAGAUUGAGCCGUACAUGCCAUAUGAAUUCACAUGUGAGGGGAUGUUGCAGAGAAUCAAUGCUUUCAUUGAAAAACAGGACUUCUGCCACGGGCAGGUGAUGUGGCCGCCCCUCAGUGCCCUGCAGGUGAAGUUUGCUGAGCCAGGCCAGUCCUGCAAGCAGGUGUGCCAGGAGAACCAGCUCAUCUGUGAGCCAUCUUUCUUCCAGCACCUCAACAAGGACAAGGACAUGCUAAAGUACGAGGUGAUCUGCCAAAGCUCAGAGCUGGCCAAGGACAUCCUGGUGCCCUCCUUCGACCCCAAGAACAAGCACUGUGUGUUUCAAGGUGACCUCUUGCUGUUCAGCUGUGCCGGCGCCCACCCCAGGCACCACAGGAUCUGCCCCUGCCGGGACUUCAUCAAGGGCCAGGUGGCUCUCUGUAAAGACUGUCUAUAGCGGCCACUGGCUUAGCCCGCACACACUCUGCUGGGGAAGAUGGUGGCUCCAUCUGGCCACUGGGGGCAGACGUCAUUCAGGAACUCUCGCCAGAGCCCGGACUUCUUCAUGGAAGAUUUUGACUUGAUAUUGCUCCUCCCAUAAUGGAGCCUCCCAGUAGGGUUCUCACCAAAACGAGAACCAAAAUGGCUCCCGUCGAGAGCAGCCGUCAGGCCCCAGCCAGGAGCCUGGCUUCUCCCUGGCACAAUUUUGUUUUUCUUAUUUGAGGAGCAACUGUAGGGAGACUGUCAGUGCAGCUGCUCCAGGGUAGAAAGAGAGUCUAAAGGUUCAUUUAAAACAAAACAAAACCAGAGGAGGACUUGAGCUGGUUGGAAGGAACUUUGUGUGGGAACAUUCCUAAACCCAUUAACUUAUUUAUUUGGGAGGGAGGGUGGGGAACCUGGGAGGGCAGAGAGGGACUGAUCACACGUCUUGCUACUUCUUUGAUUUUUCCACUGUUUACCACCCACCUUCACUAUAAUAUUAUUCCUGUCUGCUUCGGAUGGGGUGCGCUCUGGGGAUGGUGGCCGCUUGAGGGCAGCUGUGGAUCCUCGAAGUGGAUGGUGGCGGAACGAAAGAAAAUCUCGUGUGUGUGCUUGACACAUGGCAGCUAGGGGACAGGCCUGUGUUGUCCAGAGAGCCCGGCCGGGGACCAAAGACAGGGCUGCUUUGCAGUGAAAGGCUUCUUUUCUCUGUGUCCCCUCCCCCUACGCACACACCCUGGCCCUAAUUUCUGGUUGGGAUCCUUUUAGGAACAAAAUACAAGAGUAGGGAAUUGACAUUUGCUAGUCUAGUAAAUUCACUCUUCCUCACAUGCCACCGGGAGGAGAAAGGUAGAAACUUGAGACUAAAAGAGCCACUCUUGGAGGUCAUGCUCUUUACCCCCUAAGAGUCUUUGAGCAAAGAUUUGGACAGGGGUGAAGCUGGCCCCUAAGAACCGGUGGCACCAUCAAAGCUGGGCUCCAGACAGGUGGGUUUGUGUUCUAUUCUCUCUAAUGUCGGGUAUCACCCAAGUCCAGGGAAUGGGGCUGUUGGUGAACUUGAUGUUGGCAGGGUGGGGAGCAAGGGCAGGCCAGGAUGAAUGCAGCGUGCUGUCAUGGCCGCUCACCCGUGGUGUGGGUGUGGGUGUGGUUUGCAAGGGGUGGGAAUCUGAUGCUAGCUUUUAUUCCAGGUUGAACCCCCUUCCAAACCCUGGAGUCCCUGUGUACUGCCUUUGUGUGAGCUCCCCACCCCUCUGCUUCAGUGCUCUUGGUGUGUGUGUCUGUGUAUUUCCUGCGAAGCCCUGGCAUCCCAAUGCUGGUAAGAGUGAGCCCUCUUUCCCCUCUUGCAGAAUAUCCCCAUUAUGAGCUGUCCCGUGAUCCACCCAGCCCUCACUGGUGGUUUUGAGUGCCUUGGUUUCCUAGCUCCAUGCUCCACGAGGGUAGCCCUAGCCUCCUAGCACCUUGUGUGCCCUGGGGACAGCUGGGCAAGGCUAAUGGCUGGAUAGGCCUUUGGGAAAUGAAGCUAAAGGAAGAAUACAGAAGGAGCUGGAGCCUUUAGGUACAGGAAGUUAGAGUCAUCCUGCUUCUCCGUUCUUUCCUGGUACAGAAAUAAUACCAAAUGCACAGCCAGCCUUUCUUUCUUAGACCCUCGGUGGGUCUGAAUUGCACCUCCAAUCCUGGAGAACAGAGGGGGCUGAGGGGAAGGACGGGAGCAGCCAGGGUCUCCUCCACCCCUCAGGUGGCCCCGAGCACCUGUGCCAGGGAGAGUGCUGAUGGGGAGGCCUCUGCCCUGAGCAUCAAUGCAGGGGCCCCUCGUGAACUGACUGAGAACAGUCUCUGCCUGGGCCUAGCAACACGGGCAAAAGUCCAGAGGGAACCUUGGUGAUGGAGUGUGAGUGAAUGUGUGUGUGUGUGCUCCCGUGUGUUGUUUUAAGCUUUGUAAGGGCAGUUUCCUGCAGUAGGAGGAGAAACAACUGCCCUCCGUGCUGUGAGGAACCACUUUUCCCUGUGAAUGGGUUUCUUGUCUCCACUCUAGGUUCUGGGAAUUCCUGUGAGCGCCCAGGCCUGCGAUUCCUGGGCCACCGCUGCCCUCUCCUGGGCUCUUCUGGGAGCUUCCAACACCGAGGCUGUCAGUGCAGGCAUUCAGCCAGCAGGGGGAGCGUGCGGGCCAAAACGCAUUUCCCUCGCUGGGCUAGAUUAACCCAUUUCAAAAAGAGCUGUUUAAAAAGCACAGGGACUGAAAAACCAAGGAAGCUGGAGAGCAAUGUCUUGUGGAAAGACGCUGUGCCUGCCUUGUGUCCCAGAAGCUGCAGGGGCCGUUCGCUGGCUGUCCCUGAGCCUCGCUCCCUUCCCAUUCCUCUUCUCCAGGUCAGGCCGCCUAGCAGAGCACUUUCCCCACCUGAAGAUCCCGCUGGCUUCCCCUAGUCCCGUACUAGAAGGAAGGAGGCUGGAAUGCCACUGGUGGGGCUUCUGCUCUCGUGCAAACGAACCCACACUCCAGUUGUUGAGGGCAUUAUGAAUAGAAGCGGUGACACCCAAAUAUAUCCUGGCUCCUAGGCCUCUACAGACUUGGCCAACUCUGGUCAGUGGCCCACGAGAGGACAUUGGGGAGGGGGCAUGUUCCUGCCUGCCCUGGGAGAGGGAGGCACCUCUCAGAGUGAGGGCUGGGAGCCCUUGCUGGCCUUGCCAGGGCCCCUCCUAAUAGAAACCUAAACCAAUUUGUAAUUGAGGACAGUUCCACCUAAGUCAGCAUCAGCGUCUUCCUGUGCUACGAGCAUAUCUUGCCUCGUCUGUAAGUUUCUGUACAUUUUUUUCCUAAGUGAAAUUUGGCUCCCCCAUCCCCACCCCACAGUGUGAUCUUAAGUUCUUAAAAAACUUGAGGGAAAACAUUUAUCUAAUUUAUUAAAAGAGAGAGCGUUCCUUGAAACAUAUACGCUUUCAGGAGCAAACUCCUGAAAGAGGAAACACACUUCUUUUAAUGCCAGCGAACACCUCGCUUAUUUCCUGUAUGUGAUUUGGUUUGCACAUGUACAAAUGGGGAGAGGCUUUUUGCAUUUUUGCCUAGAUUGGGUUUUUGUCACUGCUUAUAGUUUGCUUUUUUUGUGUUUGCUUGGAAAUAUUGAGUGUUUCUCAGAUGCUGUUUAUUGUUUCUCUGCUGUGCCUUUUCACUUUUCUUUGGGAUUGGUUUUUGGAAUCUGGGUGCUGUUGAAGGAAGAGAGCAGACUCCUCCAGCUUGGAGGUAGGACGUGUCCUCUGUCACUGCAGACGCUCAGGCUGGACGCCAGAAACGCCCUCCAAGACCCCUAGGACACAGCAUACAUGCACAUACACCCCCACGAAUCCGUGAGAACCCCAAGGUUCUCCCUCUAGACCAGCCCAGGCCCUCUCAGGCUGUCUCUGGGGCUGUCUGGGGAAUGCUGGUUGCCAGUGGGCCUGUGUUCCCUGCCACGCGGGCACUAGGUGAUGUGUGGCCGCAGCAGAAGAGCAGCCACAUCUGAGGGGUUGCCCUGAAAGGAAGCAGGCCCCACUGGGCUCAUUAGUAGCAGUGGUCCCAAAACACUUUAUCUAGUUAACAUAAAGGAGACAGAGUAAGCACCCCAUUUUUUUCUGUUUCCUUGGCCAACGCAGGGUGUGAUACAGGUGACAACUUAGCUUCCCUUUGGGAGUAGAGCCCCAGUGCAACUCACUGGUCGUGGAGGCAUAAAUUUGACAGGUUGAGUUGAAACUGUGCUGUUUCUAGGUUGGUUCGUGCUUUUUAGACCAGACCAAGGCAGGCCACCCCAUUUCUCCAAGGUGGUUUACCUAGGUUGUGUAUAUAACUGGGACAUUGCCGUCCUCUCCCACGCCCCCAGAAUUCUUGAUUUUAAGGAAAGAGAGUCUAUUUUGUUAACGACAGGCUCUGUUGUAUCUGUUACUAUUCCAGGCCUGGACUGUUUUAUUUAUUUAAAAAUAUUUUAAUUUCCACAUUGGCUUCAUUCUAAUCCCGUCCAUCCCCAUAGGGCUACAGAGCACCUUCAAGUGAAGAGAUGGAUGGACAUAGAUUCAGACUUCUUUAGAAAGGUAUUUCCUAAAGCUGAGAGUGAGUUCCUUUCAUUCUUGUUGGCUUCAACAAAAAGUAGAAAACCAAGUUUUUAUAGCAAAAGGCCAAAUUAGCUGUAUAGUCUCGGAUGCAGAAAAGAAUUACCCUAGCUUCCUUAGCCCUUAGGGUUUUUGUGAGGAUUCAGUGUUUAGCAGUGUCUGGCAUAUAGUAAGCCCUAGUAAAUGUUAAAUAUUGUUGUUAGCAUUUCAUAAAAUUUGAGAAAUAAAGAGCUGAGCUCCCUCCCUAUCUGUUGAUUCAAAAGUAAUCCCUACAUGAAAAUAUUACUCCAAAUUGACAGAGUGUUGUAGGAAUGCCUGGUUUAGGAUGUCCAAGUCUCACGCCCGCCCUGCUGGUUGGAAUAUUACCAUCUCCCUGAUACACUGGCUGAUUUGAAAAUAUGCCUGACCUCAGCCCCCGAUGAAACUAGGCUGCAAGAAUUUAUAAACUAGAGAUGACAAGGGUGACCUUUGGCCACAUACUGGAUCUCACCCCACUGAUGUCUUUUGGACCACUCUAGGGGUUUUCUUUGCAGAACUUUUUGAGCUAGAAAUAAUAAAAUGAGUUUUCUCACAGACCAUACCCCCAAAGUCAAAGUUAACUAUAUUCCUCUGAAAUGCAACAAUAGUGACUUUUCUGUUUUUUUAUUUAAGGGGAAAAGAAUGACCAAUGAACUUACUCAUUCUGUUCUGUCCCCUGGUGGCCUGGGUGGCCCCUCCACAGUCCGAGCCACAAGGGUCAGACUCCUGGGCUGGUUGGCUGUCACAUGUUUCUAUCAAAUGAGAACUUAAUUCCAUACCCGCCCCGGGGGUGGGGGUCAUCUUUAGAACCACUCCCAGAGGCUGCUAGUCAUUUAAUGAUGUUUCCCCAAAUCUCCUAAAUAGCGGUUUGCUUCUGUUUUAUUGGAGUGUCAAAGUUUUAUCUCCUCUCCUGUUUGGCCCCAUUCUGGACAGACUGCAGUGGUGGAAUAUGGAGGACUUUGCUGGAGUCCUGUCUUUUUAAGAUCCUUUGGAUUCUCUGAGGCUGAAUCAGCAGUCUAUACUUCUGUGGAUGUAACAUUAGAGUUUACCUUCUUCCAAGCAUCACUCCCUCUAUCCCAGAUUUUGUGAGGCCUUAACAUUAUCUCCCCCCACUCCCCGCCCCCUGCAGCUGAUGAGGCCUGGCAGAGGGACGAAAGGGGAGCCAUGUGCUCACACAACAGGCAGGCCCCUGUCUGGGGGGGGCCAGUAGCAGUGGGUGUUCAGAGAGCAUUUGCAGCGCUGGGGUCUAAAAUCCUCGCUGGGCCAGCAGGACAGGAACUUAGUGCAGUCUUCCACCUCCACCAAAGCUGAGAUGGAGCAAACUUGGGAAGGAUUUUGCUCCCUGUCGUGCCCAAGUAUUAACAGGACCAUACGGAACAAUCGAUGCCAAAGGAGAUGGUAACGUCCUCUGUACUGUAGUUGCUGUCACAACCUUGAUGUCUUUCUUUAAGCUAAUGGCCGUUUACGUCUGUGUCUUCAACCAGCUUCUGGUACAACCAUUUUUCUACUGUUUGCUUCUGGGGUUAAGUAGUGCAGGAUUCUGCAGAUGAGGUGUCGCUGUCCAAAUGUACUGUACCGGUAUAGAAGAACACAGCUUUGUUUUCCAAUGUUGUAGAGAAAACUAGGGAGAACUUUAUUUUUCAAUAAACUUUUCUUGUGUGA